GCUGCUGUCGGAGAGAUGGCGUAAGCCCAAGCCUGGGGCUGUCAGUCAGAGCUCCGCCUGGUCCGGGCCAAGGGUCCCGCGGGACCGGCGGGGCCAUGGCGGCCGUGUUUGAUUUAGACUUGGAGACCGAGGAAGGGAGCGAGGGCGAGGGAGAACCGGAGUUCAGCCCUGCGGACGUGUGUCCCCUUGGCGAGUUAAGGGCUGCUGGCCUGGAGACAGUGGGACACUAUGAGGAAGUGGAGCUGACAGAGAGCAGCGUGAACCCGGGUCCUGAGCGCAUCGGACCCCACUGCUUUGAGUUACUGAGUGUACUGGGCAAGGGGGGCUAUGGCAAGGUGUUCCAGGUGAGAAAAGUGCAAGGCACCAACUUGGGCAAAAUAUAUGCCAUGAAAGUCUUGAGGAAGGCCAAGAUUGUAUGCAGUGCCAAGGACACAGCACAUACCCGGGCUGAGCGGAACAUUCUAGAAUCUGUGAAGCAUCCCUUCAUUGUAGAACUGGCCUAUGCUUUCCAGACAGGUGGCAAACUCUACCUCAUCCUGGAGUGCCUCAGUGGUGGCGAGCUCUUCACACAUCUUGAGCGAGAAGGCAUCUUCCUGGAAGACACAGCCUGCUUCUACCUGGCAGAGAUCACACUAGCCCUGGGACAUCUCCAUUCCCAAGGCAUCAUCUACCGGGACCUCAAGCCUGAGAACAUCAUGCUCAACAGCCAAGGCCACAUCAAACUGACAGAUUUUGGACUCUGCAAAGAGUCCAUUCAUGAGGGUGCUGUCACUCACACCUUCUGCGGCACCAUCGAGUACAUGGCUCCAGAGAUCCUAGUGCGCAUUGGUCACAACCGGGCAGUGGACUGGUGGAGCCUGGGAGCCCUGAUGUAUGACAUGCUCACUGGAUCGCCGCCCUUCACCGCAGAGAACCGGAAGAAAACUAUGGAUAAAAUCAUUAAAGGGAAGCUGGUGCUGCCCCCCUACCUCACCCCGGAUGCCCGGGACCUUGCCAAAAAGCAGGGUGUUCCUGUGAGUGAGCCCUGUUCCAUAAGAAAGGCCAGGACCAGCCUGUUUCUGAAGCGGAAUCCCAGUCAGCGGAUUGGGGGUGGCCCAGGGGACGCUGCUGAUGUGCAGAGGCACCCCUUUUUCCGGCACAUCAAUUGGGAUGACCUCUUGGCUCGCCGCGUGGACCCUCCCUUCAGGCCGAGUCUGCAGUCGGAGGAGGACGUGAGCCAGUUUGAUGCACGAUUCACACGGCAGACACCAGUAGACAGUCCAGAUGACACUGCCCUCAGUGAGAGUGCCAACCAAGCCUUCCUGGGCUUCACAUACGUGGCACCUUCAGUCCUGGACAGCAUCAAAGAGGGUUUCUCCUUCCAGCCCAAGCUGCGUUCCCCCAGACGCCUUAACAGCAGUCCCCGCACCCCCAUCAGUCCGCUCAAGUUCUCUCCCUUUGAGGGGUUCCGGCCCAGUCCUGGCCCACCGGAGCCCAUGGAGCCAUCUCUACCUCCACUCCUGCCACCACCACCAUCACCACCACCCACAAGCACUGCCCCUCUUCCCAUCCGUCCCCCCUCAGGAACCAAGAAGUCCAAGAAGGGACGGGGCCGCCCAGGGCGUUAGGAGAGUAGAGGAAGAGAGAGGGCAGCUGUGAGAACCCGGCUGGCUCCGACCUGUGGAUAUUCAGGAGAUGAGAGUGUGUCUUGUGUGUGGGAGGGUAAGCCUUACAAUCAUGUACACAGAGGGCUGCAGGCUGCAGGCACUGGCGGUGGUUCCCAACCCCCAUCCAUCAGAAGGGACUUGGCCUGUCCUGUGGACAUAUGCCCUUGCAGAAGUAAAGGACUGAAUCAUG